CACGGAGGCAGCGGUGGUGGCCAUGGCCCAGCGGGGGCCUGGGCAGCGUCAGAGCCCAGCGCGGGGGAGGCCAGGGGGGCCCCCAUCACCCAGGAGAGCACCCGCCAGCGUCUGGGGCAUGACGGAGCCCCCUUCUCCAGGCCACCCUGAGGAGAAGGCCGUCCCGCCUGCAGGCGCGGGCCAUGGGGGGCUGCCGGGAGCUGCUGCUGCUGUGGGCCCUGGUGCUGGCGGCGGGCGGCACGGAGCUUGUGUACAGGCCUGGCCGCCGGGUGUGUGCCGUUGGGGUUCCCCAGGGCCCCGUGACCGAGUCCUUCGUGCAGCGCGUGUACCAGCCCUUCCUCACCACCUGCGGCGGGCACCGAGUCUGCAGCACUUACCGAACCAUCUACAAGACCGCCUACCGCCGCAGCCCCGGGCCAGCCCCCGCCAGGCCACGCUACGCCUGCUGCCCCGGCUGGCAGAGGACCCGCGGGCUCCCCGGGGCCUGUGGAGCAGCAAUAUGCCAGCCGCCGUGCCAAAACGGAGGGAGCUGUGUCCGGCCCGGACGCUGCCACUGCCCGGCUGGGUGGCAGGGAGGCAGCUGUCAGACAGACGUGGAUGAGUGCAGUGCCGGAGGGGGCGGCUGUGCCCAGCGGUGUGUCAACACGGCGGGGAGCUACUGGUGCCAGUGUUGGGAGGGGCACGGCCCCUCUGCGGACAGGGUGGCCCCGAACCCCACCAGAGGAGUGGACAGGGAGGUGCAGGAGGAGGUCCAGAGGCUGCGGUCGCGGGUGGACGUGCUGGAGCAGAAGCUGCAGCUGGUGCUGGGCCCCCUGCACAGCCUGGCCUCGCGGGCGCUGGACCACGGGCUCCGCGACCCCGGCAGCUUCCUGGCCCACUCCUUCCAGCAGCUGGACCGCAUCGACUCCCUGAGCGAGCAGGUCUCCUUCCUGGAGGAGCAGCUGGGGUCCUGUUCCUGCAAGAAGGAGCUGUGACAGCCCCCCCUCCCCACUCUGCACUGCACCCCUCUCCUGGGAGGACGCCCCACCUCUCAGAGAGGGAACAGGGCGGGGCGGGCCGAGGCGUCCUCCUGUGAAUUCAGCCCCUGCACCCGGCAGGCCGUGCCCAGGGGAGGUACGACAGCUCCCUGCCCAGAGCCUGGGGCCACUGACCAGGCAGCCUGUCCGCUGGGAGCCCCACCCCUGACCUUUGUCAGAAUAAAAUGAGACUUGAAGAGCU